AUGGUUGCUAAUAACAACAUAGAGGACUAUGAUGCAGGAGGCGCCACCGGAACUGGACAUUCGAGCGAUGUACACUACAAAGACCCUCUGGCAGAUGGCUCUGUCUGCGAGCGUGACAUCCCAUAUCUGCUGAAACUGCGGACUAAUGUCAUUCGAACCUACGCAGUGGACCCAACGAAGAAUCACGAUGAUUGCAUGAGAAAGCUGGCCGAUGCAGGCAUCUACGUAAUUGCUGAUCUCGCAUCGCCCGAGGUAUCCAUCGUCUCCGAUUCGCCCGCUUGGACCGUUGAUCAGUACAACCGAUACACCUCCGUCGUCGAUGCGUUCCACCAGUAUGAUAAUGUGAUUGGGUUUUUCGCUGGCAAUGAGGUUGUGAACCACAAGAACCAGACAGUGGCUGCGGCCUUUGUGAGAGCUGCAACUCGGGAUAUGAAAGCCUAUGUCAAGGCUAAAGGGUACCGAACCUCGUUGGCUUUUGGUUACGCUACCACCGACUCCCCCAAUUUCCGAAAAGAGCUCUCUGACUAUCUGAAUUGUGGCGAGCAGUCGAGUGCUAUCGACUUUUUUGGUUACAACAUCUACGAGUGGUGCGGCGAAAAUACCUUUGAGGCUUCUGGAUACAAGAACCUCACGCAAGACUACAAGGAUUACUCGAUUCCGGUGCUCUUUUCUGAAUACGGGUGCAACACGAUCAAGCCUCGCAAGUUCAGUGAUGUCCCUGCGCUAUUUGGCUCUGACAUGGACGAUGUUUGGAGCGGGGGCAUUGUCUACAUGUACUUCCAAAGCACCAAUGACUAUGGGCUUGUGUCAGCCGAUGGAAGCUCCGUCUCGACCCUCGGUGGAUUUAGCUAUUACUCACAGGCGAUCGAAAGCGCCACUCCUUCUGGAAUCAACAGUGGCAGUUACUCGCCCGCCAACUCACCCCGCGCUUGUCCUACAAUUGAUAACAAAUGGCAAGCUGCCUCCAGCCCUCUUCCUCCGUCUCCAAACAUGGACCUAUGUUCUUGCAUGGUCAGUAGCCUCUCUUGUGUGGUGGCAGAAUCGGUCAAGGCUGACCAAUAUGGCGCAUUGUUUGGCACUGCGUGCGGAAACGACCAGAAUGCCUGCGAAGGUAUCUUGAGCAAUGCGUCAUCGGGAAACUUCGGCUCUUUCGCCGUAUGUGGAAGCAAAGAUCAGCUUUCCUAUGUGUUCGAUCGCUACUACCAAAACCGAAAGCAGAACAAGCAAGCGUGCGAUUUCAGCGGAGCUGCCACCCUCCAGUCAGCCAAGGACCCUACUGGAAACUGCAAGUCGCUGCUGAGCCAAGCUGGUGCAUCCGGGACAGGUCAAGUGGCCGGAGGUGGAGGAGCUGCAGCCACCACGUCUAAGGGAUCGGCUGCUUCCGUGCACAUCAUGCCAACAAUUAACUGGGGUCAUUACGCUGCUGUGAUAUAUGUUAUGGUGUCCAUGACAGCCUGGACCUUCAUGCUUUUCCUGUAG